UUUAUUACAACAGCAAAUUUUGUUAGUUCAACAAAUUGUAAGAGGCCAACAGAUAACCAAUAAAUUAUUAACAAAAUUAAUCAUGAGCAAUGGAGAAUCUAAACCCCAAUCAACAAUCAGACAAAAAUGUUCUGAACAUUUCAUUCUACCUGCUAAAUCUGUAGCUAAAGUGUGUGAUAUCGAAGAAAAAUUGCAAUUGUCUGCUUCACGACAACUAAUGAUCAGUAGAUUACAGCAAUGUGGGGGAAGAUCGCAGAAUGACACUACUACAUUGAUACUAAGAACAUUAUUAACAGACCAUUGCGCAUCUAACUACAACUUUGAAGGUCGAAACUCUGGAAAACAUGCUUUCGAAGAUUUGAUAAUGUUUAGUAUUGUACUUGUUGUAUCUGUUAGUGUAGAUUAUGUUGUAGGAGAUAUGACACAAAGUAAUACUUUAAAUACAAAAAUUGAAACAAAGAACGCACUAAUUAUGGGUUAUCAUAAGAAGUCCAGUUUUCGCUCGUUGAAAUCGGUAUUGAGAUUUGAGAGGCUGUUACUCUGGUGGCUGGUGUUCAUGCACUGA